AACACAUUUUUAUAAGGUCCCUUCUAGGAUCUUGCACAGUGGAAUCGACGGUGAUUGAAUUCAAUUGACGAUUUGCCAUUUUUCUUUUCUGUUUUUGCUUCAGCAAUGGCACUGAAUUUCGACUGAAGCCAGAGGUUCGUCUUCGAUUCCAAAAGAUUUCAUCCAUCCCUUUCGACCGCCAAAAAGAUUUCAGCCUCAAUUUCAUUUCAUACUGUAUGAUCGGAUCUCCGUUGGAAACUUUAGCUUCGGUGUACAGAUGGAUACUUUUACUGCAGCUGAUUAGCUCCAGUCAUGUCGGCGACCCCCAACUCGGUUUCCUUUAGGGUUCCGUACAAGAACCUCCAGGAUGCAGAAGUGGAAAUGGUGGCUGUGGAUGAACACCAGCUCCAACGGAUCGACCUAAAUUCUCCUCCUUCUGAUAGGUAUCACAGUGGAAGCCCAGAGAGUUCGUCGUCGUUCAACCAUGUGUCGGUAUAUGGAGUGACAAGUGUUCUUCAAAAUAUGGAAGGAGGCGUCCCUUUAUUCUUGCUGGUUCUUUAAUGAUAGCAGUUGCUGUGGUGCUGAUUGGAUAUUCUGCUGACAUUGGAUAUUUUCUAGGAGAUACGAAGGAACAUUGCAGAGUAUUUAAAGGUACGCGAACAAGAGCGGCUAUWGUCUUUGUCAUAGGCUUCUGGAUGCUUGAUCUUGCAAACAAUACGGUGCAGGGUCCUGCUCGUGCUCUUCUAGCUGAUUUAUCAGGUUACUCCCUCCCCCUCGUUGUUCUUGGUAUCAGUUCUUUUUUUAUAGAGCCAAUGUGUCAGCGCAUGGGAGCAAGACUUGUUUGGGCAAUGAGCAACUUUAUUGUGUUUGCAUGCAUGAUGGGAACUACWAUUAUCAGUUUAAUAUCCGUCAGCCAAUACUCCAAAGGAAUUGAACAUAUUAUUGGGGGAAAUUCGACAAUAAAAAAUGCUGCGUUGGUCGUGUUUGCUCUUCUUGGUUUUCCUCUUGCUAUAACAUAUAGUGUUCCMUUCUCUUUGACAGCAGAAUUGACUGCUGAUUCUGGUGGCGGGCAAGGAUUGGCUAUAGGAGUUCUCAAUCUUGCAGUUGUUAUUCCCCAGAUGAUUGUGUCUCUGGGUGCGGGGCCAUGGGAUGCUUUAUUCAAUGGAGGAAACAUUCCUGCGUUUGCUUUGGCUUCUAUAUGUGCGUUUGCUGCUGGAGUUGUUGCAGUUCUUAGAUUGCCUAAACACACCACCAGUUCUUUCAAGUCCACAGGUUUUCAUUUUGGUUGAAGACUGCACCGGAUUGUUUAAACAAACCCGAUCCCGCACACGAUUCCAACAAAACAAAUUCUUGGAGUUGCUCCUAAAAGCCUGGCUUUCCAGCGCCAAUACAUAGCGUAUAUCUUUCUUUAAUCUAUAUAUGAUAUGCUGCAUUCAAUAUUAUAUUCAUAUUCAUUGAUUUUUUUCAUUACGAGGGUUUCUUUACCAUAGGUAGUGUAAAUGUGUAUGUUCACUUACUAAGAUGAAUAAAGUGGGGAUAAGUUUCGCUGCCA